UGACAACACCAACAUGGGCAACGAUCAAUCGACUGCCGCGACACAAGUGGUGGACGACCAGGGGAACGACCAUGUAGGGUUCCGCGUGUUGGGGAUCCAAGAGAACUCGCCUGCGGCUGUGGUGGGGUUUGUCUCGUUCUUCGACUUCAUUCUCUCCGCCAACGGUAUUCGCUUGGACACAAAGGACUCUACGUUCAUGGAGUUGAUUGCCCGAAGCGAAGACAAGCCCUUGCAGCUGUCGGUGUACAACAUCAAGUCGCAGACUACCAGGGGUACAUGGACCCUUCUCCGUCUUGACUUGACUUGUGCCGUCAUUAGAACUGUCUCUCACACCUUCACGCAACUGGCCUGGCAAAGGCAUGUUGGGUGUAACCAUUCGAUUUGACUCGUUUGAUGGCGUGGAAGACCAUCUUCUCCACGUUCUGGAAGUGGCCAAGAAGUCUCCCGCUGAUGUGGCGACGCUCGAGCCCGGCGCCGACUAUCUCCUUGGCACCCCCGAGCGAGUGUUUCGAGACCCAGAAGACUUGUAUGACGAAAUCGUCGAGCAUUUGGACCAACCGUUUCAGUGCUACGUGUACAACGCCAAGACGGAUCAGGUGCGCCUCGUGCGCAUCACUCCGCACGACCGAUGGGGCGGCGAGGGCUACUUGGGGGCGGAGAUCGGACACGGGUACCUCCAUCGGCUGCCAGCCAGUGUGCACGCGACCAUUGGCGAGUCGGUGGGCUUUGUGAGCAUCUCCAGCCAAGCGAAAGCUGCCACCGAUUACUUUGCGACUUCAGCUCCGGCGGCCGAUCGCCCUGCGGUCGAAGAGGUGCAGCCCACUCAAGAAGACACUUCUGCGCCGAUACUUGAAGAAGAACAUAAUGACGUGGCACCGCUUGCCGUCGACGAGCCAACCGAAGUGGCACCGUCGGAGGAUCCAGAGGCGGGGCUACCUGCCAGUGUGUUGGCUUCCGCAAGCAUCAACAAUGUCGAGGAGUCAGCGUCUCCCUCCGUGGGCCCCCCUACUCCCCCCAAGGGACCCACGUACCCCCCUCCGGUUGGAACGGGGAUUGGCUUCCCCAUGUCCACCGUUGCCACAUACAUUGACCCAAUGUCCCCCAAAGCAGCCCAUGAAUAAUAGUAUUGCAAUGUCGAUGAAAUUGGAGAGGGGGGUGCUCAAUCGAAUGAGCAGAAUCACCAAAUCGCAGGCAGACAAUCAAAGAUCGACCAAUCAAAACCCAGAUCACUAAUCAAGUAGCCAAUCAAAUCCACUCUUCAAUCAAAUUCAACCCAGAAUUAGUGUGUGG